AUGUUUAGGAAUACAGUCCGUCAUCUUUCCGACAAGGCUGUGCCUUUUUUAUCACAGCCUCCUAACAAGUUUAACGCUGCUAGAUCAACGUUUAACUUGAGACCUGUUUUACCUCAAGGUCUUGUUCACAAUCCUCCCGCAUCCGUACCCAAUUCCAAAAGCACCCCAAGAGCGUUCUUACCUUCGACUGACCCUCGUUCGACCCUAAUUUCGCACAGAACGUACUCCAGCGAUGAAGUUGCAGAUAUGCCCAUCAUAUACUCUUCAAAGGCCGACAGAAAGUACGACAUAACCCCAGAUAUAGUUGCUGAGAUUCAGCAAUUGAGAUCAUCUAACUCCGCCGAGUGGACAGUAAAUAAAUUAGCCAAGAAGUUCGGCGUUUCUCCUUCGUUCGUGAAGGUUACUACUGAAGUGAAUGAAGGUAGAAAAGCAGAGCUUUCCCAGCAACAAAAGGCAGAGAGAGAAUCUUGGCCCGUGCAAAAGCAAAAGGCUAGAAUUAAUAGGAAGAGAAGAGUUGAGCUCUGGUUGAGAAACGAAUUCUAA